AUGCUAGGGGGCUCCGCGCCGUCUCAAGCGUCCGGAGCCCCAUUUAGAACUGAGAGCGAAAGUCGAACGACUGUUUGGCCACCACCAGCUCAUCAAAAUAAUGUUUUCAACAGGGGUUACAACAUCUACUCCCUGUUUCCAGGUCCGAGUGAUAACGCUAAAACUUUAUAUACUCCCGUUGCUAAGGCUACAACACAAUCAGGGAAUUCUUUCCAGGGUUUUUUAGAUACUCAAAAAGCAAACGUAUCAUCUCCAUACGAUUCCAAAACGAAUCCGAUCGCAACGGAUCCUGGAAAAUCACAAAUAAAUUUAAUGGCGAAAACAUUCGAUCAUUCGCCAGAUAAUUAUUACAAAAUAGAAAAUUCUAAAGAAGGAGAAGUCAAUUCGAAAAAUCAAAAAAGAUUCGAGGGCAGUGAUUAUGUGGUCAUCAAGAGAGAAGUUUUAGAAUGUAAUAAAAUUCAGGAGGGUGGGGAAGGAGAAAGAAAUGUGAAAGAUGAUAAUAAUGACGGUGAUAAUGGUGGUGGCGUUGAAAAAGAAAAAGGAGACUGUAACAUAAUAAAAAGAAAUGAAAUGCUUCGAACCGAGGGCAACGAUGACAAUGACUCAGCAAACGUUCAAUCCGUAAAUACAAACGAACCGGAUUCCACCGAGAGUAGGAUAUCGAACGAAAACUGCAAAUAUAACGAGGGGAUGGAAUUAAGGGAUGAUUUUUAA